AUGGUAAAACUUCGUUUAAAACGAUGUGGUAAAAAGCAACGUGUGGUUUAUCGAAUCGUUGCAAUCGAUGCUCGAUGCCGAAGAGAAGGAAGAGCUCUUCGGAAAGUGGGCUUUUAUGAUCCGCUAAAGAAUCAAACCUAUUUAAAUGUUCCUGCUAUUCUAUAUUUCCUUGAAAGGGGCGCUCAACCUACGGGAACUGUUCAUGAUAUUUCGAAGAAGGCGGGAGUUUUUAUGGAACUUUCCCUUAAUCAACAGAUUAAAUUCAAUUAA